AUGAACCUUGGAACAUGGGAGUCGGAACAAGCCAAAGACAAAAUGCAGUGGAUUGCCGAUGGAGAAAAAUUAUUUUGGCAUACGUGGGAAGUUAAUGAUCCAUGCCAAUAUAAUUCAUUGGAUUGUCAAGAAUUAGAGGUUUCACGAUUACACAGUUCAGAAAUAGCGGAAAUUAAAGUAGAUACAGUG